AUGCAAAAAUUACUAGAUUCCCAGAGGCUUAAAGAAGCAGUGAAAGAUAGUUCUAUUUUUGCUGCCAGUGUUUAUGGGAGAAUUUUAGAGCUAAGUAUCCAGCACAGAUUUCAAAAUGCAGCAUUAGCAGGAUACCCAGUCAUCCUUAGUUUUUCAGAACCUGGUACUGGAGGGGAAUCCACAAAAAAUGACAAUGUCACUGCUGUAGAUUCUAAUCAUGAACCCAAGUGGAGCAAAUGA